AUGCUACUGCUACUGCUACUGCUACUGCCUACUGCUACUGCCUACUUAAGCUACUGCCUACUGCCUACUGCUACUGCUUACUGCUACUGCUACUGCUACUCUACUGCUACGCACUCUACUGCUACUGCUACUGCUACUGCUACUGCUACCUUGCUUACUGCUACUGCACUGCUACUGCUACUGCUACUGUACUGCUACUGCUACUGCGACGCUACUGCUACUGCUACUGUACUGCCUACUGCCUACUGCUACUGCUACUGCUACGCUACUGCUACUGCCUACUGCUACUGCUACUGCUUAACUGCUACUGCUUACUGCUACUGCUACUCCUACUGCCUACUGCUACUGCUACCGGAUACUGCUAUGCUUACUGCUACUGCCUACUGCUACUGCUACUGCUAUGCUACCUACUGCUACUGCUCUGCUGACUGCUACUGCUAUGCUACUGCUACUGCUACUGCUACUGCUAUGCUACUGCCUACAUGCUACUGCUACUGCUACGCUACUGCUACUUUAACUACUUUGGAGGAACGAGUGGAAAACACAUCAACGCCAAGCAUAGGCAUCGACCCUAGUGACAUCGACCCUAGAGGCAUCGACCCUAGAGACAUCGACCCUAGAGGCAUCGACCCUAGAGACAUCGACCCUAGUGACAUCGACCCUAGCCUGCGCUUUGGAAUGCUGCAAGCCAAGCUGGGCCUGGCCACGCUGCUCUCUCGCUACGAGUUGGCCCCGAGCCCUCGCACCCCGCACCCGCUCACGCUGGACCCCAGGGGUUUCGUCAUCACGUGCAAGGGCGGCGUCUGGGUGCGCCUCGUCCCCAGGAAGGCCCCGGCCGCCGUCGCCACCACGGAGCUCUGACGCGCUGCAACGACUCGAGUGGCGGUUGCAGUUAUUAACGCCAUUGGAGUGCGAUUGUUUUCAAUAUGCACCUGAGCGCUGCCUUCACUUUGGCUUUAUCACUGCAUUCGUGUCUUUCUCGGCGUGCCGCUAGAUGACGCAUCAUGGCGAUUGAAACCACCACUACUUGAUGCUGUCGCGACAUCUAGCGGCACGACCGAGAAAGACGUGAAAUGCAGUGAUAUAAUGACAAUGUGAAGACGGUCUCUGGGGCACAGUUAAAAAAUUGCACUAUAGGCCGGUAUAGAGCAAAUAACCGAACAUGUCAGUUAUUUGUGGUCGUUCAAUACUUUUCGUUUUACCACCUUAUAAGAAAUAAUAUAAAUAAGAAAUACUUAUUUAAACAGCCACUAGUAAGAGGUUAAUUUUAGGGCAUGCAAAGCGUGCUUGAAGUUCAAUUUUUAGCACUAAUGCUAAAAGUGAAUCGCUGCUCAAAUGUUCUGGUAAAACUGUAAAUGCAACAAAGAAAACAACGUAUCGUAAAAUCAGCUACAACUGAUGUGACAUGAUACCCAAUUAAGUGAUUUGUAUAGUGAAAUUAAAAUAAAAAGAAAGUCGGAAGGCAGUAUAAACAAUAGUGUGUGCCACGCGCGAUACAUGUGAUUUUAUUACGGUGGUAGAAUUGCGCCACCUGGCUUGCCAACCUCGGGUAAAAACAUGUCCUACUCGGAAAACAAAAUGUCAGUUUUAUGACUCGCAUCAUAAAGAGCUAUCCUUUGCACUCUUCCGGCAUCUUCAGCUAUAACUCAUUUGUUUCGAUUGUCUUUACGGAUGGUGCAAAGUAAAUUUAAAAAUAUAUAUUUAUUACCUGUUCUAUUGCACGUAAUUUUUCAGGAGAAAAAUUCUUAAGAGUGAUUUUACGUUUCCCUGUUUAGUUGUAUUAAGACAAUAUAACAUAAGUUUUUACGAAAAUUUGUGAACACUCAACUAAUUUCAUCAUUUGUCGAAGGAUGGUAAUGAUAUUUUUCUUUCAAUAUGUAGAUACAUGGAUAGCGAAACUUUGUUUCGGUACAUUUCAAUAAAUCAUAAACGUUUCCGAUUUUAACAUAAUUUAUUGAACAAAUUCCAAAUUUAUUUCAGACACUAUUGUAAUUAAAUAUUAAAAUAUUAAUUUAAUUACCUGGCAAGUUUACUUGUUCCCAUCGGUUUUAAAUUCGAUGACUUUGCCGUCAGGAUCAUAUUUAAUUAUGUUUCUUUUAAUUAUCAACCGUUUACCAUCUUACCGCUUUCUUUCAUUUCGUUUAACUGCUUUCAAUUUUUUUAGUUUUCUAUAUUCCUAUGAAAAUUGGUAUUUCGAAAUACCGCUAUAAUUUAUGUAAUUUAUGCAGCAAAUUACAAGUUGUUGAGUUGUUGGCCUCACAGUAUUUUACAAUAGAAAUAUUUUGAAAAAAAUAUCAUUUAUGUUUUUGUCACACUAGGAAGUGAAGAUACUGUUUCAUAUAAGGCAAAAUAUAUUUAGAAAUGUGACAAAAACGCAAAUUGAUAAUACUUGUGUUAAGAGGUUCAAUGUUAAAUAUAAUAGUUAGUAUGAAUAAUAUUAAAUAAUGGUGAACUAUAUACUACGUGUUAUCUUACUGGGUAAAUUGUUUCUGUAAUUCUAAAAUGUUCCAGUAAGGAUGAAAUCUGAAUGAUGAAAUAUAAUUGUAAUAGAUAUUAGUAAGGUCCCUGAUAAUACAUCAUGAAAUACAGGAAAUAGCCAUUAAUAAUUUUAAAUAUUAAUUUCAUUUUGUAUAUGUCUUUUAAUAAAAAAGUUGUGAUAAUACA